AUGCGUUUGACAACAUCCCCAGUUCUUAUCCUCCUCUGGUCUUCUUUGGCCGCGGGAUUUCCGUCCAUGCCGUGGUCUGCAAAGGACCAGGCCCCAAUAAUGCAAGGCAACAAAAUGUCGGUCCCUGGGGAUAACCCGUUUAACUACUGUUUCGCUCCCGACCACGAUAUCUUGACGAUCAAGAAAGUUGACUUGGAUCCUGCCCAUCCUAUGCCUGGCAAAACCCUGACGGUUAACGCUUCUGGUACCUUUCAUGAAGAGGUUGCCGUUGGCUCCAUGGCUCGAAUACAGGUGAAAUAUGGCCUUAUUCGGCUGAUCAACCAGGAAGUUGAUCUAUGCGAACAGAUUGAAGCUGUGGAUAUGCACUGCCCUAUCAAGAAAGGAGAUAUGGUUUUUCUGAAGUCGAUAGAGUUGCCGAGGGAGAUCCCACCGGGAACGUACACUGUCCUCGCCGAUGUGUACACGGAGGGAAAGGAUCAGAUAACAUGCAUCGAAGCGCAAAUUACAUUUUAAUCUGUAAACAAACGUCGCAUCAAAAUCAUUGUCGAUACGGGAUGAUUGUUUCCCUGUGGCACUAUUGUUUUUCGGUAUCCUCGCACCAACCCUUCUCAACCCUCGCAACCCAUCAUCGAUUUUAAUACCCAAUCCGACCUCCCUCCUGCUUUGCUGAAACUCUCGAGUGCUAUCUCUCCCCGAACUCACGAAUUUAUAGAACCACUAAGAUCAUAUCCUGUUUUCUUGCUUCUGAAUGCUCUACCUGGUCAUGGUGGUUCUCAUUUUUUUCCCCUACUAACAUUGUACUCUUAUUACACACCUACACAAUGACCGCCUGGUCACACGCUUUAUACGUGAUCUUUUAACUAUUACUGCCUAACCAUUCUCCCCUUUGCGUUCUACAGAGAAUGCCUCACUGUCCUUGAAACGAUCCAUCCGCACUCCUCAUGACCUGUCAAUGAAACUAUUCCCUAGGGGCCUUUACUCGCCCUUGCUUCUACCCCGCUGAAAUCGUUCCCGAUUUCAGCCCUCUAAUUUAUUUUCAGGCAUUGAUGCAAUUGCCAAAGUUCUUGGGCUGGAUCGAUUAUUCGGGUAUCCGUAUCUUUUGUUUCCAUUUGCUUUUAGAGGCCGGCUUCUUGUUUUGUGCUUUGCCUUUUUUAUUUUUAUCCCACUGAUCACGAGGUAUUUUUGCUUCUUCCGCGUGUCUUUUGCAUUCCAUUAUUGUUUAUCACUAUCACCCCUUCCAUGCAAUUAGCCAUAUUUCGUAUCCGCAUUAUUACAUUGGGCGUUCUUUGUAACUUUACUACCAAGCAGCUUCUAGUUAUUGCCAACUUCAAUUUCGAACUCAAAGUUGCUACGUAAGUG